GCUUAUCGAGGAAAAUACAAUACGUUACGGUAAGUUCGUUUUAUUGUCAGUCGUUUGACAAUGCUUUUACCAACUGAGCCUUCCGUUACCCGCUCGAUAAGCUUUACCGACAUACAGUGUAGUUUCAAGACUAAACCGCUACGAAAUAUGUAAUGUAAGAACUCCAAGUUGAAAAUAUUCCCCGCUUUACGAAUCUUUUCGUUGCGAACAGUUGCGAACAGUUGCGAACAGUUGCGAAGUUCGCAGAACGCAAACUAGCCGGCUUUGUUCACUGGUAAUUUCGAUGAAUUUUUAAACGCUGUCGUUGUUGUUGUAACGCAUCGUUUCUGUUUUUGAACAAGCAAUUUUUGAAAUACAUAUAAACAUGCUGGUAUACACGCGUUGCGACCAGUUCAGAUCAGUUGCGAUCAGUUGCGAUCAGUUGCGAUCGAAAGCCAUCUACGCUUUUCUCUCCUAAAUCCCCCUUCCCCAACCCCUCUUCGCGAUGGUUUCAAGUUCUCACGCGCGCUCUUCGUUCCUGUCAUCGUCUGUUUCAACUGUCAUACUCCCUGCACUAGCGCCAUCAACCCUCGCGAACGUUUUACUUGUUUGCUUUUACACGGUAAAUAAAACACGUUUGUUAGCUGCAUGGGAGGCGUUAAUUCACGCGAUAUGGAUAUCGCACACGAUCCAGGACUUGCCGCUGUCCUGCAAUAUCUGAUACGCAGCGGCCAACUACACAUUAUAACUUCGGAUCAGGAUGACUCGGAAGAAGAAUACGCGGCGAAUUCUCAACCACCGAGAGUCACGUCUUCCCCGAACACAUCCAGAUUAGAUAAAAGCGAAAUAAGUCUUGCCACGAAACAAGCGUGCGGAUUCGUAGACAACGUCGAUAAACAUAAUCUAUCAGUGACGUCGAUGAUUCAAAGAAGAAGUUUGGGUCCUAGUUUUAGUAGAGGAGAGAGGUGUCGAAUAAGUAGCAGCUUUCUACCAAAUAAAAUGCAUCAAGUCGCUAAAUAUAAUACUAAAGCGUUUUGUGGUUCUUACUCGGAGGACGGAAGAUUUUUUUUAACUGCUAGCCAAGAUAAAUUUUUGCGUCUUUAUCGGACGCACGACGGAGAAUUUGUAGAAUUCAAAACUAUUCCUGCACGGGACGUGGGUUGGAGCAUUUUGGAUACGGCCUUUAGUCCUGAUGGCAAUUACAUCGUUUAUUCUAGUUGGUCCGAAUGUUUGUAUUUGUGGCCCGUUUACGGAGAUUCGAGUACACAGGAAUCGUUAUCGUUGUGCCCAGAGGAGCGAAGAUUUGGUGUAUUUUCCGUUGUAUUUUCAAGCGAUGGACGAGAAAUUCUGAGCGGCGCUAAUGACGGUUAUUUUUAUAUAUACGAUCGAGAAUGUCAUCAACGCGCGUUCAGGAUCGAAGCUCACGAUAACGACGUUAAUACGGUUGUGUUUGCGGACGAUACCUCGCAAAUUUUAUACAGCGCUGGUGACGAUGGACUUUGUAAGGUAUGGGAUAGAAGAACUUUGAGCGAAACCGAUCCACAUCCGGUUGGAGUGUUAGCUGGACAUAUGGAUGGAAUUACGUAUAUCGAUCCGCGCGGCGACGGUCGAUACCUCAUCACAAACAGCAAAGAUCAGACCAUCAAAUUAUGGGACGUGCGCGCAUUUUCUGAUCACAACGGUGAACAGAACACGCGCAAAGCUGUUGCGAAUCAAAAUUGGGAUUAUCGAUGGCAAAAAGUACCGAAACGACUGCACAAAGCGAGAAAUAUGUUGGAAGGCGAUACCAGCAUCAUGACCUAUCGCGGUCAUUCCGUACUUCAAACAUUGAUACGUUGUCAUUUCUCUCCUUCUUCCAUUACGGGUCAAAGAUACAUAUAUACCGGAUGUGCCGCAGGACGAGUGAUAAUAUACGACGUGUUGACUGGCAGGAUAGUUAGUAGUCUAGUGGGACACAAAGGAUGCGUUCGCGAUGUCAGUUGGCACCCGUUUCAUCAGGAGAUCGUUUCUACGUCCUGGGACGGCGCGAUCGUCAGUUGGCGAUACGCUGGAAAAACCGCUCUGGACAAUUCCGACUCGGAGGAGGAGACCGACGCGGAAUCACCACCGCGUACUUUAAGACGGAGUCAACGAAUAGCUGCUCAACGAGCGAAACAUGCCGCGACAUGUUGAGUCCCCUAGAUUCCCUAGAACCGGCAGAUCGGGAACGUUCUCGGGAAUUUGAGUCUUUUUAUUCUUACGAGGAAAGAGCUAACGCUCUCGAGGCUCUCGGUGGAAUGUUUUCGUGUCUGUCGAUGCUGAUGAUUGAUCGCUCGAUCAGUCGACGUUUCCCUUUAACGGACACAACCUUUUUCUAUAAGACUGAAUUGUUAUAGAACACGUGCACUUUAACGAAAUGAACGUUGCAAUUGAAAUCGUUCAUACUUACAUACGGGCAACGCGCGUUCACAGUAAACAAGGCAAAUUGCCGAUAUCCACCACUACCCUAGCUAUGCGACUGCUUCUCUUUCGAAUCGAACUUGCCAUUUCACAACGGUCCACCGAUCUACCUUUCCUUUUUCUUUUUUCUUUUUUCUGUUUUCUUUUCUUUUCUUUUCAACUGACACUCGAAUGAUCGGGAAAACGUCUUCCCUCUGCUUCUCUUCUUUCCGGUCUCCUUUUCUUCCAGCAGUUUUCUUUACAUCCGACUUUUCUUCUUCACUUCAAUUUACUUUCUUUUCAUAUCGUAGAUGUGCUUUCAAGUAAGAAAAAUAUUGGUGCAACAUCCUUAAAAGCCUUUCUUAUAGAUACGAAUAUUAAGAAUAUUAUUAUAUUUUACUCGUUGCAAUUUGUUAUUUUGAUUUAUCGAAGAAAAUGAAAAACAUUUAAAGACAUUAGCAGGUAAGAAAUUAAUCCGCUUCUGCUUAACGGAAUAUUAUCAUCUAUUCAACUCGAUCAUUUUAGUGCAUUGUACGAAAAAUAAUACUUUCGUAAAUGAAUAGAAAUCGCAAGGGGGAAAGGAAAUGAAAAUGAAAAUGGAAAUGGAAAUGGAAAUAGAAAUAGAAAAGGAAAAUAGUAAAAAGAGACAGUCCGAUAUCCACGGCAUAGCUGUUUUGCGAGUUGACCAAAAGCGAAAGGGACGGUAAUACAUACGUGUAUAUUUUGCAGUUGUAUAUGUGCUCGGUAAGGUAUGUUUAAAUGUUAUGAAUGGAAUUUUAAAAAUUGUACAGAUAUAGAAAUAUACGUGAACAUAGAAA